AUUAGAAUAAGUCUGUAUAAUCUAAUUCUGCCCACUCACAUUGGCAAAAUAUUCAUUGCCCAAUAUUAGAGGGUAACAAUUAGAAAACUUGAUAUAGUACUACAUUACUAGCUAGCUGUCAGGUAUUUUGAAAGUAAUUCCCGCCUCUCCCGGUAUCAAAUGGUUCGCCCCUUACAAGAUGGCUGCGUCCAGUAAACGCAUGUUGUCCACGCUGUUGUCAGAUUUGAAUGACACAGCGUCUUCCAAAAGACCAAUAGCACACACUGUCGCAAUUUUUGAUGCUCACCAGACACUGAGAACACAACCUUCAAGUCUUGCUGAUUUCAUCGGUUUUAUACAUACAUCUUUGCAUUCAUCUGAAUCAAGAUUAGCUGGAAUAGGAUUACUACAUACAUUGGUUUCUCAGUGUACUACAGCAGUUUUCACACAGCAUUGUAGCACAUGGAUCAGACUCUUGUUAAAUGGACUACAGUCACAUGAUCCACCGGACAUCAUUCAAUCUGCAGCUGAAGUAUUGUCUGAAAUACUGGAGUAUGUUGCCGGAGUGUCUGAGUUAUCCAGAGAGAUUGCAUCCUGUCAUAUCGGUAAUAUAAUUACAUGGGUUAUAUCUUCAAAACCACUGAAUUAUUUGGCAGCUGUACAAGUUCUCAAAUCGUGUUUCCAGUACUUUCCUGCGCCAUGUGGACCAUUCAAGUCAAAAGCGGAAAAAUUUCUGUUACACAUCUUUCAGGAAACCCAUCAUCCUAGUAUCUUAAAGGCCUCUUGUCAAGUAUUUGCAUUAUUACCUGGACUGGGUGGUGCUGGUUCUAAUGGAAUAAAGCACACAGAAUCAUGGAUCACACAAUGUAAUAAUAUCAUAGGGACAUUGCAUAAUAUACUAUCACAACUUUAUCAAGAUAUUGAAACAGGGAUAGAAAUGUACAAUGUCCCUGAGACAUCAGUACCAUUAGGAGAGGUGCUAGAUAUUGAACCACAGCGUACAUUUCUACUAGCAAGUCAAUUUCAGAUAAUGACAAUGUGUCUCAAGUACCAGAUAAGUCAGAGUUUUUCGUCAGUUGUACAGAUGCCGGUAGAAUCUAUUUUGUCUAUCGUAUGUAGAACAUUAUCAAUUAAUUGUAAAAUACUGGCAAACAAAACUACUACAGAGUUUGUGUUACUGUCAGGACUUCUUCCUUCAUUACACAUUGAUGCAUUCAAUGUAUUAGAAUCUCAUAUCAAAUGUUGCAGUAGUCAUUUGAUAGUGCAUGGACUGGUCAUCAAUAAAGCCAUACUCCAGACAUUGAGCUGGACUAAUGCAGAACAGCCAUGUUAUGGGCAACAACACCCAUAUAGCUCAUUAAGGUCUUUUUGUUAUGAUGUCUUAACAACAUGGCUGUCAACUGUUGGUGCAGCAUCCGGUAUUGAUGUCCAUGCUGACAAGUUGAUAGAAUUCAUCCUGCAAGAUAUUCAACUGCAUCAAGAUGAUACCAAGCUUGAAGUUGCAAAUAUUACAGAAAGCAGAAAGAAGAAAAAGAAAAAGAAAACUAGUUUUGAAAUAUCAGGGCAGAUAGUAGGACAGCAAAAAAUAUAUCAGUUGGCAAAUAGUGAAGUUACUCUUGCAGCUCUCAAAGGUUUGACAGUGUUGAUUCAAGUCAAAGGAACAUCACUUAAACCCACAUUACAUAGGGAUAUCCACACUGCUAUAGUGCCCCUAUUACUUGAUAUCCAACAGAAUAUGCACAAACUACCAAUACCAUAUUCAUGUGCUAAAUGUCGUCAACAGCUCUAUCGUGUAAUAUUAUCCUGUAUGCUUUCACCUCAUCCAAGAUGGCCACCUCCGCUGCACUAUGCAAUCAGAGUGUUCAGUUGUGGACUACAAGAUCCAAAUAUCGAGGUUUCUAGUUUUUGUCGAGAAGCCCAGUUGGUCUGUAAUUCUAUCAUUCAUCCACGUGUACCAAGUUUGUGCUUGCCACUAACACUUGCGGAUUUACCACCAGUGCAGAGUGAUACAACAAGUAACCAGGUCCAUAAAAAUACAGAACAGGUUGUGCCAAGCAUGGUAACUUUAUCAGCUAUGGGAGAUAUGCCAGGAAAGAAAGGCGAGGGUGAUCCUGAACCUCUACUGGUCCAUGAGGAUGUUACUCAUGCAGAAGUGCAGAAUGAAUAUCAGAAGACAGAAGAAGCGAGUCUUGUUACUAUGGCAAUAGAAGCUGAAGCAAGUGAUGAUGACAAGGAAGAUAAAGACGUGAAAGAUGAAGACAGUUCGAAUUGUGAGGAGGAGGAGGAAGAAGUGGAAGAGAAUACAAACAAAGCGACAAAAAGAAAACACAAUGCAGAAGAAUAUGUGAAAGAUGAACCAGACGCCAAAAAAGUAAUGGAUAGCUAUAAAAUUCCUGCCAUUUCUUGUGAAAAAGAAGAGCUGCAUAUGGAAGAUGAAAAGGAUGGAUCUGAUACAGAAGCAAUGUUAGCAACCUUUGUAGAUGCAUCUCCUGACUCUGAGUAGAUGAAAAUGUCAGAAAACUAAAUGGAAUCAGUUACUUGAAUAAAAGGAAAUAAAUGUUGGCAAAUUCUCA